CGGGUUUUUAUUAAGUCUGCAAAAGGGUGUGAACCGAGACGUUGCUGUUAAACCCAGAUUUUAAACGGUGAUAUGCAGAGCCUGAGUUUUAAAAAGGAAAGGACAAACAAAAAACAGGUGGCAUAUUUCUUAUUUCAUUUUAAUGUCUAAGAUUUUAUUCAACUGAAAUUUAAACCUGAUGGAUGAUCUAUAAGAAGUGAACCAGAACGGUCAAGGAGCAAGACGGGACCUGUGUAUCGGAUGAGUUAUUUGUCAUUGUUUUAAAUUUAAAACGUAGCGCAUAAGGUGAACGUGAACGAAGGAUCAUGUCAGGGCGGCCCCGAACCACCUCCUUUGCAGAAAGCUGCAAACCUGUUCAGCAGCCGUCAGCUUUCAGUAUGAAAGUCAGCAGAGACAAAGAUGGAAGUAAGGUGACAACGGUGGUUGCAACGCCUGGCCAGGGACCAGACAGGCCUCAGGAAGUUACUUAUUCUGAUACCAAAGUAAUUGGAAACGGUUCUUUCGGAGUUGUGUACCAGGCCAAACUGUGUGACACUGGGGAGCUGGUUGCAAUCAAGAAAGUUCUUCAGGACAAAAGGUUUAAGAACAGAGAGCUUCAAAUCAUGCGAAAGUUAGACCACUGUAACAUUGUUCGAUUGCGCUACUUUUUCUACUCUAGUGGAGAGAAGAAGGAUGAAGUGUACCUCAAUCUGGUAUUGGACUAUGUUCCAGAGACAGUAUAUAAAGUUGCUAGACACUAUAGCCGGGCCAAACAGACACUCCCCAUGAUUCAUGUAAAGCUAUAUAUGUAUCAGCUCUUCCGAAGUUUAGCAUACAUCCAUUCUUUUGGAAUCUGUCAUAGAGAUAUCAAACCACAGAAUCUCCUUCUUGACCCAGAAACCGCAGUUCUGAAGCUCUGUGACUUUGGAAGUGCGAAGCAGCUGGUCCGUGGUGAACCCAAUGUUUCUUAUAUAUGCUCUCGGUACUAUAGAGCGCCAGAGUUGAUCUUUGGUGCCACUGAUUACACAUCUAGUAUAGAUGUCUGGUCAGCAGGUUGUGUACUGGCUGAGCUAUUACUAGGACAACCAAUCUUCCCUGGUGACAGUGGCGUUGAUCAGCUGGUAGAGAUAAUUAAGGUUCUAGGAACACCAACAAGGGAUCAGAUCCGAGAAAUGAAUCCAAAUUACACAGAAUUCAAAUUUCCACAAAUCAAGGCACAUCCGUGGACGAAGGGUUUUCCCAGAGGCGUCAGUAGCUCUUUAAAAAGCAACAACACAAGCUGCCACAUCAAUGAGGUCUUCCGACCCCGCACUCCACCAGAAGCUAUUGCACUUUGUAGUCGCUUAUUGGAAUACACACCUAGUGCACGUCUAACACCAUUGGAAGCCUGUGCGCACACGUUUUUUGAUGAAUUACGGGAACCAAACCUUAAGCUACCAAAUGGCCGAGAAAGACCUGCACUGUUUAACUUUAGCACACAAGAACUGUCAAGUAGUCCAUCACUUGCUUCAAUACUCAUUCCACCUCAUGCUCGAAACCAGUCAACUGCUUCAACUCCUACAAAUGCAACAGCACCUUCAGACGGCACUGCAAGUGAACGUGGACAAACCAAUAGUGCAGCCACAGCAUCUGGAUCUAAUUCUACUUGAUUCUGGGAGAAAUGCUGGCAUGGAACACCAAAGUCGCUGGUCACAUCUAGACAGAGAAAUUAAGAAACAGCUGUUUAUUUUGAUCAUUUUAUUGUUUAACCUUGUAAAAUAAUUAUAAAUACAAACUGAUUUCAGUGUAAUGAGGGAAUCCUGGAAUAAUGUGGAGCAAUAUAAAAAGUCUCUCCCUUGACAAUCUUUUAUUAAUGUCUGCUGUUGCAUAGUUAAAAAAAAAAAAAAAAAAAACUCUUGCCUCAUACCCACCUGUCUCCCACUUUUCUAUUAAGCAUUUUUUUAAGUGUUUCACUUCACAUUUGUGUGAUGCACAGCUUGAAUUUGGUUGGGAGUUUUAGAAAAAAACUGUGCAGAGCUGCAUGCUGCCAGUGAGUAUUGGCAGCUGGCUGAAACAAGGCCUGUGGCAAAUUUAUUUUGGUUAUUGACUCUCUGCUUUUUGUCUUUCUUGGUUGUCAUUUUAAAGAGUUUGUUUUAUACGCCAAAUCUAAUUUUAAUGAUUUCUGCUAAAAGAAAUCACAAAUAUCCUGGUAGAGUUAAGCUAAUAGCUAUUUUUCCAGGAGCCUAAAGUCUUUCUUCAAAAUUCAGACACAUCUGAAUUAAUAACAGAUAGGUUCCUGAAAAUUUGUUUUGAGAAAAAGCACCUUUGUCCUUUAAAGUGACUUGUCUGCUAUUUGAAGUAGCCACUGUGGAUGCAUCCUCAGCUGUUGGUUCUGAACUUGUGUU